AGAAGGCACCACCACCACAUGGCCGACGACGACGACGUCAACCUCGGGCAGGGGCAGGCCGUCGCCGUCGUGGCCGUGGGCAGCGUCUCCAUGCUCGUCGGCGUCGGCGUGAGCUUCUGGGCCAUGGAGGCCUACGGCAGCGGCCGGCUGGCGCGAGGCUGGCGGUGGCUCCGGGUCAGGGCGCUCGGCGGCGUGACGACCCUGCAGCGGGAGCUGAGCUACAACUGUGCCAUGUGCCAGUACAGCUUGGCCGCCCACGAGGAGGUCGGCCCCCUCUCCUGCAACCACGUGUUCCACUACCGCGAGAGCGACAAGUGCAGGAACGUCAUCGACCGGUGGCUUGUCCAGGAGAGCAUGAUCUGCCCCAUCUGCCGCAGGAUUCCUCUCCCCGUGCUGCCGUGGAAGGCGCGGCCGCCGUUGUCGCCGACGCCGGCGCCGGCGCCGUCGCGUUCAGCGGAACCACCAAUAAUGCCUGUGUCGGAGGAGCCACCGGCGCCGAUAUCGUCCCGGGGAUCGGAGUCGGAGCAGCCGUCGCCGGGGUUGGAGGAUCCAUAACUGCAGUCAUCGCAGUAGACACACAUGAUCGGGCUACCAUACAACGGCCAGUCUCCGACGGGACACUCUGGACAAGCCCUUGGAGAGGUUCGUUGAAGGAUUCUCUCGUUACUCUUGUUCUGCAUUCUUUUGAAACUGAUCGAAUCCUGCGUGUGUGAGCAUCUCCAAGAGUUUUUCCAAAAUCUACUCUCUAAAUUAUCAUUUGGAGAGUCAUUUAAAUGAAAAUCAUUUUUCGUAUCUUUGUCUUUUCUAACAGCUCUUCUAUAUCUUAUUUGUAGUCUAGAGAGCCAUCCGUACUUUCCAUCUUUGACUAACAUGAAAUCCGGAAUAGAGGGUAUCUAUCUUUGGAUAUUCAUUUGAAGAGCCUGUUGGAGGCAAAUUUUUAAUCAAAAACUCUAUUUCUAUAAAUUAGAGAAGAUAUAAAAAGUCUUUUGGAGAUGCUCUGAAUAUGUCAUGGAAUCCUUGCUGCCCAUGUGGUCUUUUGAAAC